CAACACACGACUGACACCGCAACUGACGCGAAGGCGCUAAAUAUGAAUUGGGAUGGAAAGCCAUCACAAGUGCAUUACAUCUCACGGAAUUAUUAGAAAUGCAACGUUAAGGUCAACUUACAAUUUCCAGAGACUUGGUUGAAUACAUAGGUGCCAUCUGAAGCCUUGCUUGCAAUUAGACUAAGUUAGUUGGGGAACAUUUCUGGCUAACGUUAGCGCUAUUAUAAGCUAACAAAUUGAAGCUAAGCUAUAUAGCUUAUUGGCUAUAAAUGCUAACUCGGCAGCUAACGUUAGUGUCUGGAAAUGACAUAUAAUUGAUCAACACAGACCAAAGUUGUGCAGACGCCACACCAUAGGAGAGGAGUUUCGCUGCAUCGCGUUACAGAUCCCGUUAAGACUCGCAGAUGCAUAUUGACGAAGCGCUAACCUUAGCACCACAAAGGCCGCGUGAAUCCGCGACUUCUUCCGUGUAAACAGUCUGGGCGCUCUUCUUGCAAACGCAGGAUGGCUCCUCGGUCGCAACUAGAGAAAGCCGCUUGGCGUUGGGUUGAGUUAGUAAAACCUGAAGAUAUUAAACAAGAACACAUUGAAUUAGCCUAUCGAAUCGCGCUACCUCCGUGCAAAAGAGGAAUCUGCAGACGGAACUGCAAAGGGAACCCAAACUGCUUAGUCGGGAUUGGAGAGCAUGCCUGGUUGGGGGAUAUUGAUGAGAAUACCUUCCAUAACAUUGAUGAUCCCAGCUCUGAACGCAGAGACAAGAAUACGUUUGUGGGUUUGACAAACCUUGGUGCCACUUGCUACGUGAAUACCUUCCUCCAAGUGUGGUUCCACAAUCUGGAGCUCCGUCAGACCUUGUACCUGUGUGAAAACUCCUGGCCUGAGGGGCAAGAUGUAGACUCGGAAUAUGAGCCACCGACGAUAUGUGAGCAUCUCCAGUACCUCUUUGCAUUGCUGCAGAACAGCAACCGGAGAUCCAUCGAUCCGUCUGGACUUGUAAAGGCUUUGGGACUUAACACGGGCCAACAGCAGGAUGCACAGGAGUUUUCAAAGCUAUUCCUCUCCCUCCUGGAAGACAUCCUCUCAAAACAGAAGAAUCCGGAACUCCAGAAUGUCAUCCAGCAGCAGUUCUGUGGAACGAUUUCCUACGUCACUAUAUGUGACCAGUGUGGCCGUUCGUCUCCUCUUCCCUCCCGAUUCUACGAAUUGGAGCUCAACAUCCAAGGACACAAAACUCUUGUAGAAUGUCUUACUGAGUUCCUAAAGGAGGAGCAUCUUGAUGGGGACAAUCGCUACUUCUGUGAGAGCUGCCAGAGCAAGCAGAAUGCCACGCGUCACAUAAAACUCCAGAGUCUACCCAGAACCCUUAAUCUACAGCUCAUGCGAUUUGUCUUCGACAGGAAAACGGGUCACAAAAAGAAGCUGAACACCUUUAUUAAUUUCCCAGAAGUUCUGGACAUGGGACCAUUUCUGCAAAAUAAAGAGGAGCAGUGUGUUUACGAGCUGAGUGCAGUCCUCAUUCAUCGAGGUGUCAGUGCGUACUCUGGCCACUACAUUGCCCAUGUGCGAGACGCCGUCUCCAAUGACUGGUACAAGUUCAAUGAUGAAGAGAUUGAGAAAAUGGAGGGCAAGAAACUGCAACUGGGACUUGAAGAGGACAUUGCAGAAACUGGCAAAAACUCCCAGACGCGGAAGCCCAAGUGCAGCAGAGGAUACCACUGUUCUCGUAAUGCGUACAUGUUGGUAUACAAACAACAACAACAGACUGAACAGGCCACGCAGGAGACCAAUGUGGAAGUACCAGCGUUUCUUCAGAGGAUGGUGGAGAAGGACAACAGGAAGUUUGAGGAGUGGUGCAGUGAGAUGGCGGAGAUGAGGAAACAGAGCGUAGACAAGGGCAAGGCCAAGCACGAGGAGGUGAAGGAACUCUACACCUUGUUGCCUGCAGAAGACGGUCAGCCUUAUGAGUUCGUGCCUUUGGAUUGGAUGAGAAAAUGGCUUGACGACUCCAUCUCCACAAAGGAAAUUGACAACGGCCAUUUCCUCUGUCCUCAUGGGAAGCUUCAUCCUGACAUGGUUGGUGAGGCCAAGCGGAUAUCCAUGAAAGCAGCUAACCUCCUGUUCGACCGAUAUGGAGGAGGCCCCAGAUUAGAAAGUUCAUCCCUGUGUAGAGAGUGCGUAACGCAGCGCUGCCACGUUCUCCGGCUAAAGAACCAGCUCACAGAAGACUACAAGGAGAUGUCCAAUCUUCUCAAAGCGCCUCCAGAAAGGGGUGAAGGAUUCUGGGUGGGCAAGCUGUCUCUGCGCAACUGGAAAACGCUGGCGUCUGAGCAGCUGGAGGAAGACGACGAGCAAACCAAACAUGCUGACCACAAGACCAACGGGGAUUGUCCCGUUAUUGGGAGCAAAGAUGAAAAGUCCCCUGGUGAGGAAGACACGGAAACUGACAACAUGAAAGUCUUCAACGAUGACAUCCUCUGUCCUCAUGGUGGCCUCAACAUACUGGAUGCUGAGCGGAGGCUGGUGUCCGUGGAGGUGUGGAGCAAGCUGAAGGUCUACUUUCCCCGCGCCCCUGAGUUCACCCAUCAGCAAGAGGCCUGUCAACAUUGUCUGAGGCUGGAGCAAGAGGACAGGCAGAAUAAGGAGUUAAACAAAAUGAUGGCCAACGAGCAGAAGAGCGCCCUGCUAAACCUCUUCCAGGAGAAGAAUAGACCAACACUGCAAAAAUGGCCUGAGGAGACUGACGUUUUAUACAUUGUUCCGCCGUACUUUGUGGCUGAAUGGAGAAAGUUCAUCAGGAGGCCAGUGAAAAGCACACCGGUUUCCAGUGUGAACAACAGCAUCCUGCUUUGCCCGCACGGUGGCUUCAUGUUCACCUAUGAGUCCAUGCUAAUAGGAGAUGCUGAGCACAUAUCUCUUCUGUGGCCCAAUGAGUGGGAGGUCAUCCGGACCCAUUUCCUGGUGGACCAGCCCAUCUCCAUAUGCAGGAGAACUAAUCCUGGAAGGAGAACUGAUCAGGGAAGUCCAGACAAGGUGGAAUAUCACACAAGACCAGAGUUGUGUGAAGAGUGUCGAGAGGGCUUCAUGUUCCAACAGCAGAGGGACAUGAGGGAGUACACCCAGGCCACCAUUUAUGUGCGCAAAAUCACCAACAACAAAAGGACAAUAAAGGAUGACGCUGCAUCCCACAAUGUGAGUGGUUCCGAUGCAGAAGAGGAAAGGGAGAGCAGAGUGGAUGGAGGAAGUGACCCAGACUUUGGCCAGUUGGAAAAUGGUGCUAAGAGGAAAAGGGUCAACAUCAGUGGUGAUUGUAUUGCCGUGCCUUCGGAACCCAAGCCGCCGCCCUCCUCAGAUAAAGGGGGCAUCCGGAGGAGCACGCGGCAUCACAAGCUGCGCGGAGAAAAGGCGCUGAUCGUCUCGGCCAGUCAAACGCUGAAGGAUCUCAAAAUACAGAUCAUGCAUGCUUUUUCUGUUGCUCCGUUCGACCAAAACCUGUCUAUAGACGACCGCAGUCUCACUGAUGACGCCGCUACGCUGGGCACCCUGGGGGUGACACCAGACUGCAUCAUCUGCCUCAAGGCUGAUGAACCCCUAGCAGAUUUUGCUGCAAUAGACGAUGCAUACCAGGUGUGUAUACCCGAGGAGGGCUUCAAAGGCACAGGACUUCUUGGCCAUUGAAGAAAAGAUUGGCGCCUGUAUCUGUGAAUAUGUUAAUGUUUCUCCAAGUUUCAAAAAUCAAUGAAGAGUUUGGGAUUUCUAUGGAUGGAAAUAAUUGUCAGCCUAGUUGUUUUAGUACUUUCAGCGUUUCCUUUAAUAUUUCGUUGUUGUCGGGAACAGAACUGUUAUUUAUUGUCAGGUCAUUAAAUGUCUUCAUCUUAAAUCGAGUGAAGGACAAUGUUUUGCUUCCCCAAGAUUUGGCUCUUUUUUUUUAGCCAAGCCAUGCACUCAUCAUCUACGGGAGUUUUCCAGAUCCUUUUACAAGAUCUUCCAGUUCCAGUCCCAAUCUCUAUCUCCACAUGAGAAGGAAAAUGAUUCUGUUACAAACUCUCUGUCUUCUCUAAUUAAGGUUAUCGUUGCCUUUGCAUCAUCCAACCUCCUCAGUCGCUGUCAGAAUUCACAACAGUAAUACAAAAAUAUUUUAAAUACAUUCACCUGUAUGUUUCAAAAGUGUAUGCAAUGCAUAUACGGUACACAAGUGGUUGCAUACAAGAGUGGCUGGAGAGGAAGGGACCCAACCGGAAAGUGAAUGUUAAAAGCUGUUGGUUGGAGCUGGGUGCAACACAUUGGUUUGUAGCUUAUUUUAUGACCUUUCUUAUAAGCAAUAAAAUAUUUUUUUUUCUUU